UGAGGCACUGGAAUAGAAACAACUCCAGUUUCCCAGAAGAAGCUGCAUUCCCAAGAAAGCUUAUAAGUGACAGCUGCGGGUGGCCACAGGUAACCAACUGAUUCUAAGUCACUGUAAGUACCAGAAAAUAUGGCCAGCACAGCGGUCCAGCUCCUGGGCUUCUUGCUCAGCUUCUUGGGGAUGGUUGGGACCUUGAUCACCACCAUCUUGCCUCACUGGAGAAGAACAGCUCAUGUAGGGACCAACAUUUUAACAGCUGUCUCCUAUCUAAAGGGACUUUGGAUGGAGUGUGUUUGGCACAGUACUGGCAUUUAUCAGUGCCAGAUCUACCGGUCUCUGUUGGCCCUGCCCCGUGAUCUGCAGGCAGCUCGAGCCUUGAUGGUCAUCUCCUGCCUGCUCUCGGUCAUGGCUUCAACUUGUGCUGUCAUUGGCAUGAAGUGUACUCAGUGUGCUAAAGGAACCUCUGCCAAGAACAACUUUGCUGUCUCUGGGGGGGUCCUCUUUAUCUUGGCUGGUCUACUGUGCAUGGUGGCUGUCUCCUGGACAACCAAUGAUGUGGUAGAAAAUUUCUACAACCCACUGCUACCAACCAGUAUGAAAUAUGAGCUUGGGCAAGCCUUGUAUCUGGGAUUCAUUUCCUCAUCGCUGUCUCUUAUUGGUGGGACUCUACUCUGCAUGUCAUGCCAGGAAGAUGAGCUGUAUUCAGAUUACCAGACCCACUCCAGAAUGGCGACAACAGCACCUCCAUACCAGCCUCCCACUGCUUACAAGGACAACCGUGUUCCCUCCGUGGCUUCAGCUUCCCACAGUGGUUAUAGACUGAAUGACUAUGUGUGAGUUCCUAGAGAUUUUCCAGGGGGGUCUUUGCUGCUUAGCUGCAUGUCUUCCUAUGAGAUAUGCAGGUCUCGUGACUUUUAAUUUAUGGAACAUUCUUAGCACAAAAUUUGUGACUGACUGUACGUUUUUUGAAUGUGAAGGAAAAAUGGGAACAUGCUUUGAAGAUGAAAAAGAACCAAGAAACAGGGGGAAGAGGAGAAAUCUGUAACCUACCAAAGACUACAACACUUCUUAUAUCUUUAAUGUAGGUAUUUAUGUUGGAAAUUCAAUAAUAUAUCUAAUAAAAAAAACUUGAAAAUUUACCUCAUCCAAGUUCAGUUUUCAAAAAGCUUUUGUACAGCAUUAAAUGAUAUUUUCUUAGCCAGACUAUGGCCCUAUCACCCAUUGAGGCAGCCAGUAAAUUUGUAA